AUGUCCUCAUCCAAACUCUCAGCUUCCUACCUCCUCAAGAAUACUCCAGGUCAUCUAUCGAUCCCUUCAAUUGGUUUCGGUACCUUCGAUCCAAGCCUCUUCAUCAAUCCCACUGCGUCGAAAGACCCGGUACGAGUUGCAACGCUAGAGGCACUAGAGGCCGGGUAUCGCCAUAUCGACACUGCAUUCUCAUAUGGGAGUGAAAAAGAAGUGGGAAAAGCGAUUACUCAGUGGAUCGCAGAGGGAAAGGGUAAGAGGGAGGAUCUAUGGGUUACGAGUAAAUUAUAUAACACCUUUCAUAAGCCGGAGGAUGUUAAAAUUGGGAUCGAGAUCAGUUUGAAAGACUUGGGUCUUGAUUACGUUGAUUUGUAUCUUAUGCACUUUCCAACUGCUUAUGUUCCGGGAGAAAAUUAUGCCACCAAGAAGCGGCCCGACGGAGGCCCUGAGGUAGACAUCGCUGGAUCUAGAGACUUUAUGUCUACUUGGCGCGCAAUGGAGGAUCUUGUGGAUACUGGUCACACCAAAGCAAUCGGGAUCUCUAACUUCUCCAUCCUCAAAACCAAGCGUCUCCUUUCUUCAAAUCCACGCAUUCUCCCCGCAAUAAAUCAGAUCGAACUACACCCCUACCUACCCCAACAUGACCUCAUUGCCUUCCUCACCGCAAAUGGUAUUCACGCCACUGCGCAUUCGCCCCUCGGCGGACGUCCAGUUCCGGCAGUAGCCUUGAACGCCCACCUGUCGGGCCCACUGACCGAUCCUACGAUCCUGAGUAUUGCGGGUAAAUAUGACAAAUCCCCAGCACAAGUCUUGCUGUCAUGGGGUGUGCAGAGAGGGACCAGUAUUGUUCCGAAAUCUGCAUCGAGGGAGCGAAUCAGGGAGAACAGAGAGCUAUUCAUAUUAGAGGAAAGUGACAUGGUGAGGAUAAAUGAAAUUUGGAAGGGUUUGCCGGAGGUCAAGGAGGGAAAGCAGGGGAGGAGGGCGAACGAUCCGAGUGAACACACGGGAUUUGAUAUCUACUCUGAAGAGAGAGAGGAACCGUAA